AUGGAUAUGUCGCAAUUUGACAAGGACAUUCCACCUCCACCACCGCCUGAAAUUUGUCCGUUUUCCAAUGAACCAUUAUAUAUCAAGGAACAAAAUAAAACAUCAUCUGUAGAAUCACAGGAUAGUGAUGAUAGUUUAGUGGACAUUGCUAUGGACAAAAAAGAUUUAUUAAAAGAAAAAAAUAAAAAUACUGAAAUAACCAUUAAACAUCCAAACAAUGAAACUUUUUUUAUUCCUAACAAUGAGGUAAAACCAUAUGCGCCACCUAUAAAAAUUCCUAAAAAUUUCAUUACAAAUUGCGUUUCUACUCGUACUAAAAAUCUUCCGGAAGGUUGGAAAGCGAUAGCUCACGAUUCUGGACAUUUUGUCUAUCUUCACCUUGGUACACGUGUUGUAACGUAUUCCAAACCUUUUGAAUUAAAAGAUGGAUCAGCUAGGCAUCAUGAUACGCCAUUAGCUUCCAUACCAUGUUUAGAGCAAAAAAAACAUUUAGAAAAAAUUAAACUAAAACAAGAAAGUGGAAAACUUACAGACAUAUCUGAAUAUGAAGUUAUUUCACCUGAAGAGUUAAAAAAUUAUUCUACUUCACUUUUUGAGUAUGAAACAAAAUAUAUAACUAAAAUUGAUAAAAAUAUGCCCAAAUCAGAAAGAAAAAGGAAGUUUGCUGAUUAUUUUAAUGCAGAAGAUGAUGAAAUUGAGGAAGAAGAAAUACCAGAUCAUUUUCCUUGUAAACCAAAAAGUGGUUUUCCUUCUAAUGGUCAUUUAAUUAAUAUCGAAUGUCCAGGAACUUAUGGUAAAAAAGCAAGAACAGUUCAAUUUAAUCCAGUUGGAAAAAGUUCAACAAAUAUAUUACAUGAAUAUGUUCAAAGAUCAAUGAAAACAAAAGUUCUUUAUUCUGAAGAUCAAUUUGAUUUUGAUGCAUAUGUUUUUCAUUGUAGUUGUUAUUUAAUAAUUAAUGAAAUAGUAAAAAGAAAUAUUAUUAAUAAUGAAAGAAUAAUAGAAAAAUUAGGUAAAAUUGAAACAAGAGUUUAUAGAGAUGAAGAACAAAUUUUUAUUGGUAAAGGAAAAGGCAAAAGUAAACGUGAAGCUAAACUUGCCGCCGGAGUCAAUUCUGUUAAACUUUUUUUAGAAGAUUUAACAUUUGAUGACAAUGGAACAUGCAAAGCUAUUGGAGGUAAGUCUAUAGAAGAAAGUGAUAUAAUUCAAUUCUUUAAAUCAAUUGAUCUUGAACAUGCAAAGUUAGCUGAUCUUUGUGAAAAAUCUGGUCAGUUAACACCAAAUGCCAUUCUUCAAAUUGCUAUUAGAAAUCAUCCAAAUGCUGGAACUUUUAAACUUCAAAGUGAUUGUCAGACAACUUCCCAUGGAAGACAUAUAUUUUCUUUAUCAUUUGGCAAUUUGGCUGUUGAUUAUGAAUGCAAAAAUAAGAAAGAAGGCAAACAAGUAGCUGCACAAAAAUUUAUUAAACUUCUUCAUCCUGAAUGUACUACAUGGGGUGAAAUUAUUGAAAUUUAUGGAACAAAAAGUCAAUCUAAUAAAGAAGCAAAAUUAUCAGCACAAAAAAAUGUUAUUAAAAUGGCUUCUGAAUUUAUGGAAGAAAGUAAAGCUAAAAUGAAACAUAGUUAUGAACCAAAUCUUAGAGUUCUUAAUGCAUUAAAAGAGCAUCACAAAAAGUUUUAUUGUGAAUUUAGUCAAGAUUGUAUAGAACAACAUAUAAAUGAUAUUAAAAGACCAAUUUUAUAUCCUGAUAUAGCUGCUAAAGCAAGUAGAAAAAAAGAAAUGGAAGAUCCAACUUCACUAUGGAAGAAUGCUUUAUAA